CUUUGUCAAAAAUUGUACAAAGAUAAAAUCAAAACGUUGCCAUUUAUGGGCCGUAAUAAAAUUAAUAUGUACAUGUGUAUAUGUAAACAAACUCAUGUGUGUGUUUAUAUUCUCACAUUUAUACAAUACUAUCAAAAAGAUCGGAUCAUUUUACCGACAUUUUGAAGUCAAGGGUACGUGGUUUUUAUUUGUUCAAAUACCCAUCGAUAUUACUAAUUAUAAAUAUUAAACAAUUGUUUAAUUUUCGUUGUGUUUUAAACGUUUUCUAUAUGAAUGUUGAAUCCAGAGAAAUAUACAUUAUUAAAAGAUUAAAACAAAAAUAGGAUUUUUAUUUUUCAGAAACUGAAAGAACAAUGAGAGUAAUGAAACGGCCACACUGCCAGUAGUUUAAUUAAAGAAGGGAAAAAUAAAUAACGGCGAAUUAUUCUAACAAGUCAACUAACCAAUCAUCAAAAUGAGGACUAUAUAUAGAUGGUUACUUAAAACUCUCAUUGUAGUGAUUAUCAUAGUGUGUCUGGGUUUAGGAUCGUAUUUUGGAUGCAGCAGUAUUUAUAACAAUUAUAUUCGAAAAAAUAUUAUUCUUAAAUAUAAUUCAAAGUAUUACAAAUUUUGGUCGGACACAAGUAAACAACCGUCUACACAUUUAGACUUUUACUUUUUUAAUUGGACGAAUCCUGAUGACUUGAAUAAACCUGAGAAGAAACCUAAUCUAGUACAAAUUGGUCCGUAUAGUUUUGUAGAGAUCAAUCAAAAGGUGAAUAUCACGUUUCAUUCAAAUGGCACAGUCAGUUACUUUCAACGACGAUUUUGGUACUUUGAUGAAAAACGCAGUAAUGGAACAUUACAAGAUAAAGUUUCUUUACUUAAUGCCACACUAGUGUCAGAAGGGAAUAUAAUAACGUUGCAACCAUAUUUGAUGAAGAAAAGUUUUUCUAACCUUGUUAAAAAACAAUCAAAAUUACGUAUAAUUAAAAGAGUCGGUGAUUUGCUCAUUGGAUACAAGGAAGUUUCAUACUUUAAACAUUUUAACAAAUUUUUAUAUCUUUCUAAGAGAAAUGGUACUAUAGAUGGAGAUAAUUUUAAUGUAGCUACCGGUGAAAAGAACAUUAGUCAAUUAGGUCUUUUAAAAAAGUGGAAUUACAAGAAUACUUCGUCGUACUUUGAAAAAAUUUGCAAUCAAAUUGAAGGAAGCAUUGGUAACUUCUGGCCUCCAAAUCCAAUCGAUAACGAAAUCAAAUUAUUUAUGCCUGAAUUAUGCAGAGCAUUGAUAUAUGAAUUGGAUAAAAAGACAGAUUAUAUGGGUAUGGAGGGCUAUAAGUAUACCAUGGACACAAAAACUUUAGAUAAUUAUAGAGAUAUAUGUUAUCUAUUGAAAGUACCACAACAUUUUGAAGUUCAGAAUUUAGAUGAUAUUUGUGAACCAAAGAAUAUUUCAGAAGAUUGUUAUUGCGAUAAGGAAUGCAAUCCGAUUGGUUUCAUUAAUAUAGGAUACUGUCAUUACGAUGGACAUAUUUUCUUCAGUCUUCCUCAUUUUUAUAAAACCAAACCUAGGUUAAGGGAUCUAGUCGUAGGUUUGAAUCCAAACGAAGAAGAACAUAGUUUUUACAUCAUUUUAGAGCCCAAUACUGGUAUGCCUUUGGAAAUAGCAGAAAGAUUGCAAAUCAAUUUACUCCUACAAACAUCUACUGACAAGAUGUUUCUUCAGAAUAUUUCAUCGAUAUACUUCCCAAUUUUCUGGUACUCUAAGAAGAUAAAAUUACCCGAAGAAUUAGCUUUCGAACUACGAGAUAUAAUUUCAUUUGAUUCCUCAAUGUUGAAAUCAUUUAUCGUAAUUAUAAUCUCUGCAAUACUCAUAUACUGCUUGGCAUCAGGAUAUUAUGAAUUCUUUUCUAUAGGUCGUAGGAGAAUAUAUACAGUCAGAAAUGAAGCAGAAAUGAUUAUAUUGGAUGAAUACUAACAAAAAUUGUUAGAUAGAAUGUAAACAAUUCAAAUUGAUACUCUCAAGAAUGAUAUUAGUCUACUCGAACAAAUUGAAUCCCAAUGAAAAUGCUCGUUUUAAAUGUGAUCUUCAAUUUUAUUUGAAAUUAUUAGAGAAUUUGUAAUUUUUUCUCUACUAAUAAGUUAUAAUCGAAUUCAACGUUUUAUUUGAUUA